AUGGGCAGCAAGGAAGAUGCGGGCAAGAGGUGUCCGGCGGCCGGCGGCGUCUCCAGCUUCACCAUUCAGUCCAUCCUGGGCGGGGGCCCCUCCGAGGCUCCGCGGGAGCCCGCCGGCUGGCCCGCCAGGAAGCGCAGCCUGUCCGUGUCCUCGGAGGAGGAGGAGCCGGACGACGGCUGGAAGGCGCCCGCCUGCUUCUGCCCAGACCCGCACGGCCCCAAGGAGCCCGGCCCCCAGCACCACCCCCCCAUCCCCUUCCCGUGCCUGGGCACCCCCAAGGGCGGCGGAGGCGCGGGGCCGGCGAGCUCGCCACACCUGCCUUUCCUUUCUCCGUCGCACCCGGACUUUAAGGAAGAGGAGAGGCUCCUGCCCGCGGGCUCGCCGUCGCCGGGCCCCGAGCGGCCGCGGGACGGCGGCGCCGAGCGGCCGGCGGGCGCCGCCAAGAAGAAGACGCGCACGGUCUUCUCGCGCAGCCAGGUGUACCAGCUGGAGUCCACCUUCGACCUGAAGCGCUACCUGAGCAGCUCGGAGCGCGCCUGCCUGGCCUCCAGCCUGCAGCUCACCGAGACGCAGGUCAAGACUUGGUUCCAGAACCGCCGCAACAAGUGGAAGCGCCAGCUCUCGGCCGAGCUGGAGGCGGCCAACAUGGCCCACGCGUCGGCGCAGACUCUGGUGGGGCUGCCGCUCGUGUUCCGGGACAGCUCGCUGCUGCGCGUGCCCGUGCCGCGCUCGCUCGCCUUCCCGGCGCCGCUCUACUACCCGGGCGGCAACCUGUCGGCCCUGCCGCUCUACAACCUCUACAACAAGCUGGACUACUGA